AUGUCUAAGCGGCUAGCAUCAGAAGCUCUAGAAGAGGAGCCGCUUGGCAGCAUUGGAUCGCCCGCAUCCAAGAAAUCGAGGUUCGAUGACGGACCCGCAGAACUGCUGAAUGGCGGGCUGAACGGCAACGGUGCAACACCAACACAACGCGACGGGCAAGGUGAAGACGAGGACGAUUUCGAGGAUGAGGUGCAAGAAAAGGCUCCGAUACGGCAAGCGGCCCCCACUGCCGGCUACGACGAUCUCUACCUCGACACCAUAGACCGCAACGUGCUCGACUUUGACUUUGAGAAGCUCUGCUCCAUCAGUCUGUCCAACAUCAACGUCUACGCCUGCCUAGUGUGCGGCAAGUACUUCCAGGGCCGCGGUCCCAAAUCGCACGCCUACUUCCACGCGCUGGACGAGGGCCACCAUGUCUUUAUCAAUAUGCAAACGCAGAGCGUCUACGUGCUGCCCGAGGGAUACGAGGUCAAGAGCAAGUCGCUGGACGACAUCAAGUACGUGUCGGACCCACGCUACACGAAACAAGAAGUCAUGGAUUUAGAUCGCAAGCCCAGACGCGCGUGGACACUUGGUGGGAAGGAGUACACGCCGGGCUUUGUGGGCAUGAACAAUAUCAAGGAGAACGACUACCUCAACGUGGUGGUACAGGCGCUGUCGCACGUCGCUCCCCUGAGGAAUUUCUUCCUGCUCGAAGACAUGUCGUCCAAGUCGGAGCUGGCAAAGCGAUGCAGUAUCUUGUUUAGGAAAAUAUGGAAUCCUCGGGCAUUCAAGAAUCACGUCUCGCCGCACGAGCUUCUGCAGGAAAUCUCGCUGCGGUCAAACAAACGCUUCACCCUGACGACACAGUCUGAUCCCGUCGAGUUUCUAUCGUGGUUCUUGAAUAACCUGCACUUGGGAUUGGGAGGAAGCAAGACGAAACCUGGAAGCAGUAUCGUACAACGCAUUUUUCAGGGAAAGCUCAAGGUCGAGUCACAAGAUAUUACAGCCAGGGCAGAUGUUGGAGAUCGUUUGCGGUUUGAGGAGGCAGCGGAAGUGAAGGCAGACAUCAACCGCUUCCUCCUUCUGACCUUGGAUCUUCCCGCUGCGCCCCUCUUCCAAGACGAGCUGGAACGCAACAUCAUCCCCCAAGUACCGCUGACCACGAUUCUAUCAAAAUACGAUGGCAUGAAGGGACAGGAGCAUCUCUCACAGCGGAAACGCUACAGACUGAUGCACCCUUUACCACCAUACUUGAUUUUCCAUAUUAAGCGUUUCUCCACCAACAAAUUUGUGUCGGAGCGCAACCCAACCAUUGUUACAUUCGACGCACGGAAUCUAGACGUAUCGCCGUACGUGGAACCAAACCCGGCCGAGCAUCCUCCUGGUGAGCCCAUCUGGUACGAUCUGGUGGCAAACGUGGUGCAUGAAGCAGUACGAGCCAAGGAAGACGUGGCAGAUACAGCGGAAGAGAAGAAGACAUGGAAGGUUCAACUUAGGGACAAGGGACGAGAUGAAUGGGUCACAUGUCAGGAUCUGUUUGUGGAAAAUACAGAAAAGGAGCUGCUCUACCUUGGAGAAUCGUAUCUCCAGAUCUGGGAGAGGCGGCGCGAACCAAAAGGCAAGGGCAAGGCAUGA